CUUCCUCUUUAUUCGUCUUCCCGAAUCCCACAUUGCACACCACCAUCCUCUCUUUCUAGCUUUUCUCCCUUUCCUCUUUCGGUCUACUCAUAAUUACACCCCAAACCCUAAAAUUAAUUCUCACUGAUCCCUAAAUCUCACCCGAUUUUCCAACUUCCCAGAUCACUUCAUCAUUAAAUUUUUCUGUCUACAAUACCAAAUUUCUCAUCUUUUCACAUCAGAUUCGUCAAUCCUUCCCAAAAGGUUUAAUUUUGAAUUGUGGGUUCAAACAAACCUUAACUUUUCCGAACUGGGUCAAUCAAAAUCGACCAUUCAAAAGAUAAUCGCAUCAGAUUCAUCAACUCUUGCCGAUAGAUUCAAUUUUGAUUCAUGGGUUUUAACAAUCCUUAAUUUUAUCUACCUGAGUGAACCAACAUUCUCCAUUAUAAUAAAAACCAUUGUGAUUAUUGACUAAAAGAGUUGAUCUUGUUAAAUCAAAAAGAGAGUCAUGUUUUAUGGAGCAGUGGUGUGGGACCCAUGGCUAAUUGUAGCUCAAAUAGUGUGUUUGCAAUGUUUGUAUUAUGUUACUCUAGGAAUAGUAUUUGGUGUUUUGGUGGGUACUAGGGUGUCCAGAAUGAGUCUCUUCUAUUUCUUCGAUUUUGCCGCGGUUACUGCUUCUACUAUCACUGGUUGGUGUGUGAUUGGUGCCUUUUUCCUCUCUUCCCUUGCUGGAGCUGGUUACUUACUUUUUCUGGUAGAGAGGGCGAAAAAGUGCUUAGAUUUCUCGGCAACUCUCUAUAUUAUCCAUCUCUUCAUUUGCGUUGUAUAUGGUGGAUGGCCUUCGACAUUUACAUGGUGGAUUGUUAACAUCACUGGACUUGCAAUUAUGGCACUGCUUGGUGAAUAUUUGUGCAUAAAACGUGAACUGCGGGAGAUUCCUAUUACGCGUUUUCGUCCAAAUGUAUGAUUGACCCGAGAAUCUCGUCGAGCUUGAGGAAUUAUUUUCUUUUUUUUUUCAACUCGUAAUUGGUGGGCUUGCUGUCAAGAAGCUCAUGGGAGGAAGCAAUUAUAUAUUGAUUAUGUGGUAAUAUUUGGCGAGGCAAGGAAGAAUUGACUGUAGUACAUUUUCGUGGUGCUUUUAUGAUCUUGAUUGAUUCUACAUGGGAGCGGCAAUUAUUUGGAGUCAAAGGCGAAUAUGUAGAAACAUAAAGCAUUGAUUGUUUCUAGGUAUGCAUACCUUUCCGAAAACUUGUAUAAAUUCUAGCCAGCUUCCUUACACUCGUGAUUGUUCAAUUUCUGACAUUAGAAAGAAAUUUUUUAAAUGAAAUCUGAAAAAUGGAUGUAGUGCUUGUUCAAUUUCUGACAUUAGAAAGAAAUUUUUGUUUUGAUCAUUAGCGCUGCUGACAUGAACGUUUGUGUAACAUUCAUCCGUGUCACUGUUUGUGUGCACUCGUGUGUCCUGGGCCUCUUGGCCGCACAAUCGUACUUUAUGUUCAUGCGAUGCGCACCUAUAUGUAAUGAUUUGUUUGUGUGA